ACCACCCUUGUCCAAAUCGCCGUCAAGACAGUCUCCAGAAAGCUGUGCGUGUCAGCCGCUGCACCCUGUCAGGAGAGAUGGGAGAGGCCGAGACGCGCCAGAAAUUGCUGCGCAAUGUGAAGAAGGAGGUGAAACAAAUUAUGGAGGAGGCAGUAACGAGGAAAUUUGUGCAUGCCGACAGCAGCCACAUUAUAUCAUUCUGUGCUGUAGUGGAGGCGUGCGUGCUUCAUGGACUGAAACGUAGGAUUGCAGGCCUGCUGUGCAGUAAUAAGGUUGCGGCGCUCUUUAUGAAGGUGGCAAAAACCUUUUCCCCUGCUGCGGAGCUCUGUCACAAGGUCCAGGAGCUGGAACAGCUCAUUGAAAACAGCAAGCAGAACAGUUCCUCACUGAGUACUGACCGCAGUCGGCAGUCCAAGUUGGCCAACCUCCCUCCUCAAGCGUUGAAACACCUGUGGAUUCGAACUGCCCUGAUGGAAAAGCUUCUAGAUAAGAUUGUCCUGUACUUGGUAGAAAACAGCAGUGCAUUCUAUGACAAAGAAGCCAUGCUGAUGGAUCCUGUGGAUGGACCGAUUCUUGCAUCCCUAUUGGUUGGCCCUUGUGCUUUGGAGUACACCAAAGUUAAGACUGCAGACCAUUUCUGGACGGAUCCAUCUGCAGAUGAGCUUGUACAGCGGCAUCGGAUUCAUAGUGGUCACUGUCGGCAGGAUUCCCCCUCCAGAAGGCCUGCCUUGAUCCAGAAGAGACAGUCCAGUGGUAGCAUGGAUGAUCGCCCUCUCAUGUGGGUGAGGGAAUACGUUGAAUCACUUCACCAAAACUCAAGAGCCACACUUCUGUUUGGAAAGAACAAUGUCCUGGUGCAGCCGAGAGAUGACAUGGAGGCCAUUCCAGGUUACCUUUCUCUUCAUCAAACUGCUGACCUUAUGACACUGAAAUGGACACCAAAUCAGCUGAUGAACGGCAAUGUUGGGGAGCUAGAUUCUGAAAAAAGUGUUUACUGGGAUUAUGCUAUGACAAUUCGUUUGGAGGAGAUUGUGUACCUCCACUGUCACCAGCAAGUGGACAGUGGUGGCACAGUAGUUUUGGUGAGCCAGGAUGGGAUCCAGAGACCUCCUCUACAUUUCCCUAAAGGAGGUCAUUUGCUCCAGUUUCUCACAUGCUUAGAGACCGGCCUGCUGCCUCAUGGGCAGCUAGACCCGCCACUCUGGAAUCAGAGAGGAAAGGGAAAAGUUUUCCCCAAACUGCGAAAGAGAAGUCCGCAUGGCUCAUGUGAUUCUGUAUCAGAUAAGGAAGACGAUGAAGCAACCGAUUAUGUUUUUCGGAUCCUCUUUCCUGGCAAUCAGAUGGAGUUCAUGGCCCCAGAGCUGAUGGAUCAGGGCGUUAGCAUGUGGCAGCCAGCCCCCAGAAAGUCCUCCUGCUCCUCCUGCUCACAGAAUGGCUCAUCUGAUGGCUCUCUGCCUAAUGGUUGUAAUCAAGAACGGGCUCCCUUAAAGCUCCUUUGUGACACCAUGAAAUACCAGAUAAUCUCCCGUGCGUUCUAUGGAUGGCUUGCAUACUGCCGUCAUUUGUCCACAGUCCGAACCCACCUCUCCGCAUUGGUCAACACCACUAUAGCUGACCCUGAUGUACCCUGUGAUACUCGAGGAGGCCUCUCUGUGGAGGUCUGGAGCAGUUUCCUCAGAGACAGCUCUGCCUAUGAGGAAAAGGAGAUAAACAGGCUGGUGUAUUUUGGUGGUGUGGCCCCUUCACUGCGUAAAGAAGUCUGGCCCUUCCUGUUAGGACAUUAUAAAUUCAACAUGACUGAGAAAUGCCGGCAGGAGAUUGAUGAGCAAAUGCGGUGCGUGUAUGAGCAGACUAUGAAGGAGUGGCAGGGUUGCGAGGCCAUUGUCCGUCAAAGGGAGAGAGAGAAACACGCCGAGGCCCUUGCCCGAUGUUCAUCUGGAGCCAGCGUGGAAAGAGGACCCGUGCAGCGGGACUCCACCAUCAGUACAGAUUCGUCUCUAAGUAGCAACUCAGAUCAGCAGAAUACCCCCUCACAGAGCGACUCCAGCAGCAGCAGCCCACAGGUAUUUGAGUCAGUUGAUGCAGGGGAUCAGGCUGAGAGGGAGUCCAGAGCUGAAGAAGAGGAAGCAGCACAGCACAGUGGUGCAGGAAAGGCCAUCAGAAAUGGAACCACAGACAAACCACAACUUCCUUCCUCCACGCCCUCCUCCCCGGAUCUGUCAAACCAGCGUCCAGAUUCAGACAACAGCCACCCUGAGUCAGUUUCUCAGCAAACAGCAGAAGCAUCAGAAGUCUGCUCCGAGGAGCCUACAGCUGAAUCGCAGCCUGGAAAGAGUCAGCUCACAAGGUGCCAAUCAGGAGGGGAGGAUGUAAAGGAUGCUGUAGCCAAGAGUGAAGCUAAGAUGGAGAUGGUUUCAGAAAGUGUGGUUGCUCAGGAGUCAAAAGACAAAUCUGAAGCUGAGGAAAAAGCUGAAGUAGAAGAAAAAGAUCAAACAAAGCACGGGCUGUCUGAAGUUUUAAAAUCCAUAGACACAGAUAUUAAUUUGAAAACUGCUCCAGAGAAUACUAAUGUCCUGAAGCUAGAAACAGAGAUUUAUAAUGAAUAUUUCCAAGCGCCUCCGCUUGGGCAGACCUUGAGUCUUCAGCCACUCAAGAGUAAAGGUCUGGAAGGGGAAUCAUCUUGUCCGCCUACACCAGAAAAAGCUGCCAAUCCGCCAAGUGAAAAAAAGUCAGAGAUUCCUAACAAACAUGAAACGAUGUCUGAAAAUUUCCCAUCAAAAAUGAUCAAGGCCUGCAACACAGAGCCAGAAACAAAGGAUGUUGAAGCAGCCGUCUGUGAAUUUGUUGAAACCAAAAAAACUGCUGAGAUUCCGUUUGAGAAACCUGGUUCAAAUUCUCCAGUCAGACAAGUGUUGAAUGCUCUUCAGUCAGCAUCACUUUCAUUGUCGUCUCACUCCCGGCAAUCUCCGGACACAGCAGAUUCCGAUGACUCUCCUUCUGCACUGGAAAUGGAGGACAUUCCUGCAGGGAUAACAUGCGUGACCUCUGAGGACAUUAAAACCAGGCCUUUGGUGGGACUUGCUGCACCCCCUGUCUCGCUGGCACAAAGAGGGAAAAUGGCAUCAGAGGAUCUUGCCCUAGAUCACCAUCUGGACACAGCUUGUAACACCAGUCCUGAGGGCACUGACCUGGGCCUCUCUGAAGAGGAGCCCGAGAUGGAAAAUGUGCUCACUGAACCAGAAUCUGCAGAGGUGGGAGGAGUCACCAAAUAUGAUGAGUCCUCGGAGGAGCAAACCUAUUCUCAAGAAACAAUGGACAUGUACUUGAUCAAUUUGCAUCGUAUCGACAAAGAUGUCAGACGUUGUGACAGAACAUAUUGGUACUUCACUCCCGAGAACCUGGAGAAGCUGCGUAACAUAAUGUGCAGUUACGUCUGGCAACAUCUGGAUACAGGUUACGUCCAGGGCAUGUGUGAUCUGCUCGCUCCUCUUUUGGUUAUUCUGGAUGAUGAGGUCAUGGCGUUCAGCUGCUUCACCGAACUGAUGAAGAGGAUGAACCAGAAUUUUCCUCACGGGGGUGCCAUGGACUCUCACUUUGCUAAUAUGCGUUCACUUAUUCAGAUUCUGGACUCUGAGCUGUUUGAGCUGAUGCAACAGAAUGGAGACUAUACCCACUUCUACUUCUGUUAUCGCUGGUUUCUUCUUGACUUCAAGAGAGAAAUGGUGUACGAUGAUGUGUUCUCUGUGUGGGAAACCAUCUGGGCGGCCAAGCACAUCUCCUCUGAGCACUUUGUGCUCUUCAUUGCUCUGGCACUUGUGGAGAUGUAUCGAGACAUCAUCCUGGAAAACAACAUGGACUUUACAGACAUCAUCAAGUUCUUUAAUGAAAUGGCAGAGAGACACAGUGUCCCACAGGUCUUGAUGAUGGCUCGAGACUUGGUCCACAAAGUGCAGACACUCAUAGAAAACAAGUGAUGCAGGAUGCUGCUGGUUAACACCCACGAUCCUUUGAGCUAAACUGUCUCAGAGAUAUCAACAGAACCACGUAAUUGUCAUAUGUUCCACAGCAAAGGAAAUUAUGUAAAUGAAAAGCAGUGAUUUGCAAGCGCUGAACAGAUAACCGAUCAUUAAAGCUGCUCAUUAUUCAAAGGUAGUUGUAAAACAACUUCUCUCCAGUUGCUCCUCUCUGUAUUCGGGAGACGCAAUUAUUGCCAGUAAAGUUAUUUUUAAAAGUGUUAUUGGUCACUUAGUGAAUGUACCCUUGUUGAAACUGCUUCAGGAUGUUGUUUCUUUUGCCUUAAAAUUUGCUAUUUUUUCAGGGAUAUAGCAACCAAAUUCUUCACUGCAUCGAUAUUCUCCCCAAUGUAUUUGGUUAAGUUAUACAUCUUGUGAUACACUUAAAGAUAUUUUCAGUAUUGUUGUAAUUUAUUUAGCUGAAAUUGUAGCUGCCAUGGUUAAACAUUUUGUGGUAUGCUUGAAUAUAUUUUUUUUCAGUGAUGUACCUGGCCUCAUGGGAUGAUUUGUAAAAGGUUGCAGGGUUCUACCAGCUGGUUUCUGAUGUUUAAUAGACGUUUGCCUCUGAUGCACACAAGCUUGCAGGAUAUGCAGACCUGAACUCUCUGUAGCACUGCGUCAUUGCACUUAGUUUGCAUAUACUGUACAUCACCAUUUCCUCUCGUCACGGCUCAAGUUCUCCUACUGGGUGCUCCUGUCUCUGACCUCCUCUAUGCAUUAUUUAAGAUGAUUCCACCUGCUUAAAUUCAUCCUUUGACUUAUAUCCUAGCUAUUAUUUAAUGCAGCCAUUGAAAAACAUUCUUCUUCCCUUAAACUACGCCGUGCUGCUCGGGCCGAGCACUUCAGCCAUUGCUUUUCAUAAAAUCCAAACAGCACAAUGCUAACGGAUUCUGCUUCCAUGCAGUGUUGAGAGCGGUUGUGGUGGUAAUUUUUGCGCUGGUGGUCAUCUCAAUCAUCGCAGUUUGUGCUUCCUUCACACUCCUGCACUUCCCUUCUUCACUUUCAGAUUUAUACCACUGUCUCGCCCUGCUGGACUUGGUUGUCGUGUCUUUAACACACUCUAAUUUGUUUCUACACACCAAAAAUAAAGGCAGCGAAUCAUUUAAUAUUUCCUGGGCAUUUUUCCUCACUCUUACCUCAUGCAGUCCAGUUUUCAUCCCUGCUAAAAACAGCUUUGCAGGCUGUUUCUCAUACAGCUUUUUCUUUUUUUAUAUAUAUAUAUAUAGGACUAGUUUGUACCUGAAAGGCACUCAGGUACAACCAUCACCUUUGUUUUUAACAUUUGUGCUCACUUCUUCCCUUUGUACUUCAGUGCUGCUCAGAAUGUCAUAGCUCUAACUUCAGCUAUGAGGAGAGUGCAAUCUUGAUGAUGAGCAUUUUACAUUUAAAAAAGCUGGUCAGUGGUAUGUAGCCGUGUAUCUAAUGAUGGUUUUUGCCAGUGAAUUUUCUGCUGUGGUGAAAUUCAUUUGUUCAGCCUUAAGAAGAGAAAUGAUGUAAUGGCUCUGGAGUAAAGAAGUAAAGAUGAAUAUCGUAAAAUCUCAGCAGAUAGACACAAGAUACUCUAUAUAGCUAGAUACCAAGAGAGGCAAGUCAGAAAAUAUGUUUUAUUGGUGCCACUUACAGUUGCAAAAUAGCCAAAACACACACGUCUGUUUCACUGUGGCUUCAAUUCCGGUGUUUUAAUAUCACGGCUAAUGUGUCUACAUAUGAUCUUGCCUGAGUAUUGCUGUUUGUGUAUUGCUGUUUGUUGUCAGAAGAUUUACAGUAUACAGUAUGUGUUAAGAAGAAACUGACCUAUUGUACAAAAAAAUCUAAGCUAGUACAUAUUUAUUAAAUGCAAUACAAUGUCUGUAUAUGGGCCUGGUCUGAAUAUAAUGAAACAAAAGCUACAAGUAUGCCAAUGGAAAUAAAUAUAUUUUUAUUUUUUCUGUGUCUUC